UGAAGCGGAGGGGGCGCUGUGGAGGACUUUGAAGGACGACCAAUGGAAGGGAGGAAGGGGCGAAGCUCGGCGAGCGAGUCAACGAAGGUGGCUCAAGUUAGCGCUCGUGCCGCGACGGCGGAACAGAGAGCCGGAGACCGCGAGCGGGGAAGGGAGGGCGGAACGAGAAGCUGCCUGGCUGAGCGGCGCGGGAUCCUACCUUGAGCGGGGAAGACACCUAAGAGGGGAGUAUGCUGGAGGUAAAACCAUGAAGAAGUAGCGGAAAGAAUAAUAAUGUUUUUCCGAAAUCGUUUUCUGUUUCUGUUGGCUUUAGCUGCCUUAUUAGCCUUUUUGAGCCUUAGCAUUCAAUUCUUACAUUUGAUUCCUGUUAACCCAAUUAAAGACGAUGGUCUGCAUUCCAAGAAUCGAAAGAGAAUAAUGCCUAAUCCACUAACAGAGCCACCUGCUAUCGACCCUAUUUAUGAAGCCCAGUUUUAUUGUAAUGUUCCCAGCAUCCCUGAACGCAGUAUGGAAGGUCAUGCACCUCACUAUUUUAAACUGAUAUCUGUUCAUGUAUUAAUUCGUCAUGGAGACCGAUAUCCUCUAUAUGCCAUUCCUAGAACAAAACGGCUGGACAUUGACUGUACAUUAAUGCCUAACAGCAAGCCUUCCCAUCCUCUGCUUGAAGCUUUUAUUAGCCAUAUGUCUAAAGGAUCAGAAGCCCAAAUGGAUGGUUCUCUGAGCAGCAUGCCUCGUUACCCAAGCCAUUCACUGUGUGAAAUGGGAGAGCUUACACAGACAGGAAUUGUACAACACUUACUAAAUGGACAACUGCUACAUGAUAUAUAUAUAAAGAAGCAUAGCUUGCUACCAACUGACUGGACAAAUCAACAUUUGUAUUUGGAGACCACUGGAAAGAGUCGAACUCUACAAAGUGGACUAGCGCUACUCUACUCUUUUCUACCAGAAUUUGAUUGGAAGAAAAUUAACUUUAGGAACCAAUGGAGCACAGUUUUUUGUUCUAGACACUGUGAAUGCCAGAGAAGAAACCAUUACUUGGAGGAAGAGCAACGUCGUCAGUAUAGCUUGCGAGUGAAAAACAUAGAUUUGGAAAAGACAUAUGCAGAUAUGGCCAGAAUAGUUGGCAUUCCCACACGGCAGUUAAGAGCUUCUAAUCCCAUUGAUUCUAUGUUGUGCCAUUUCUGCCAUAAUGCCAGCUUCCCCUGUACUAAGAAUGGUUGCAUCGAUAUUGAGCACUUUAAAGUAAUCAAGAAACAUCAACUUGAAGAUGAAAAGGAGAGGCAAAAAAAGAAAUAUUAUUAUUUUUAUGCACUACUGGCCACUCAUCCAAUUCUUAACCAAACAGUCAAUCGGAUGCUAAGGAUUGCAGAAGGCAAGAAAGAAGAAUUAUUUGUUCUUUACUCUGCUCAUGAUGUUACCUUGUCACCUGUUCUUAGUGCCUUAGGCAUCACUGGGGCCAAGUUUCCAAGAUUUGCUGCUAGACUAGUCUUUGAGCUAUGGAAAGAUGAAAAGAAAUAUAAAGAAAACUUUAUUCGUAUCCUUUACAAUGGGGUUGAUGUUACAUUCCAAACUUCCUUCUGCCGGGAUUUUAACAAGCAUUUUGACAAGAUGAUGUGUCCAUUAGAGAAGUUUGUCCAUUUUGUUAAACAGGACAUGUUUUCACCUUUUAAUACCACUAGUUACUACGAUGCAUGUCGCAGAAGACCAUUCUAAACAAAGGAGGAAUAAAGUAUUUCAUUUUGCAUUGUCAAAAGGUCUGUCUCUGAGGAAGCUUGAUAUUGUCAAAUCUUGUGUGCCUAAGUGCAAAUGAAUAUAGCUUGAAAUUAUUUUAUUUUGCCAAAAUUCAUUCUAGAUUAAUUUAAAAUGCCAUAUCCCACCAUUAGUCCCAGCAGUACAAAAACUAUUUUCUUUAUGCUCAACAUGAUUUGUCUCAUAACUGAUGUAAAACAGAUAUUACUUGAGUAACUUAAUACAUAUAUUCUGAUUACUUAGCAAAGGUUGAAACAUGAAAACGAAUACUAACAAUCCCAGUAAUUGUCAUAACAGAAAGUAUGUUCUUCAAUCUAUUCUUAUAAUUAUUUGUUCUUAAAGAGAGAGAGAAAAAAGCAGCCAUUAGAAAAAAGAAAAAGAGAUGCUUGAUUCAAAUGCUUUUUUGCACACAGGGUUCUGGAUACGCUUGAUCUAAAGCUAUGUGCUUCAUUUAUGCUAUAGAUUGAGUAAAGAUUGUUCCUUUAAGUUGGGGCAGUAAUAUUUCAUAGCAAUUCAUUGGAACAUCUGGAAAAUCUCAAUGCCUGUAAUCAGUGACUUGUUGAGGAGCACCAGCAUUUAAAAAAGUAUCUUGUACAUGACCAGUAUGGAUCAACCUACAGAAGCUACGUAAGACUCCAUUUACAAUACAUUACAGCCACCUUGUAGAAUCCGAAGCAUGUGGAAGCAAUUUUUGCUAGAAAUCGUCAUGCCAUUUACAAAGCAACCUGUAGAUUUCAUGGAAAGAAAAAAUCUGUUUUUGCACUUUUAGCACUUUAUGUGUAUUUGAACACUAAUUACAAGUUGUGCCAGAUGCUAGAUAGGGAUUCAAAAGUAAAUAUAGAGGAGGUAGAUAUGAAGAAAAAAGUCUUUACAUCUUUUAAUCCAGUUUAGAAUCUCUCUGUUUAUCUGUUGAAAAACAAAAUUGUGCUGUGAAAAAAGCAAUGUGUUUACUGUUUGGCUGCAUAUGACCAAAAGACAAUUUAACAUGCUUAAUUUUGUAAUCCCUUUAGUACUUUUAUAGACUAGGGAAUACAUUUUAUAAACUGGACCUUGUUUUUUACAUUAUGGUGACAUAACCGUUUUCUACUUUCCUUGUAAAGGGAUGCCAAAAGUUAUGUUUCAGACAAUAAUCUUUUAACUUUGGUAUUUAGAUUCAUGGGGAAAAAAGUCUUAUGCAUAAUUUUACUUGAUAAUGCAAAAACAACUCCAUUUCAAAAUGUUUUCAUCAUACAGUAUUUUUUAAAAACCUGGAAAUGUUACAUUUUGUAAUGUUAGUAGCUUGUACGUACCCAGAAACCAUAAUUUAGUGUAUGACAAGAUAAAAUGGUGCUAGUAAUUAAAACAAGCUGUGAUUCUUAUUCGAGCUUUACUGGCAUUUUAGCAUCAUUUUGACAAUGAUACAUUUAGAUGUUUCUAUAAAUAAAAUUUUGAAGAAUU